UGAACCGAGCACCGGCGUGUUUGGAUGCGGAGUCAGUCCCCCACACACACUGACAGCUAGGUAAUGUCACGCCUCACAGGAGGAGGAAGAGCCUGUUUGGAUGCGAUGGAGCCGCGGACAGCUGGCUGAGCAGCGGCCGCAGCGCAGGGACAACCGGGAGAGGUUCGUGUGACCCGGAUCGGGAUACGGUCGCUCGGUUUCGGCCCGUGCUGGUCCUUGUUAUUCGGAUGCAACCACACACCCAUGCGAUGAUAUCGGUGGAUAGCUCUGCUGUCAAAGUCCAGGUUCGGUUAUUAUAGUAAACGCGUUAUAGUAAAGUGUUAGAAUAAACAAGGCUGUUGUAGUGGAAGACGAAAGCUGGGACUGGAUACUACAACAUAGCCUAUAAUUAACGUUAUUAUUAUUAUUAUGGGGUGUCGACCCGUUGAUAAAGGCGACAUGGAAAUGGAGUGGAUCUCUUCUUCAUAGCAUUAUUAUACUGUAAUGCUGCUGCUGCUGCUGCUGCGAUGCCUCCAUGCAAACCUUCACUGACUAUAUUCUGCGCCUUAUUUCCACCGUGCGACUGUUGCUGUCGUGGACAUCUAAAAAUUCAAUUGAUUAAUUGAUUGGUGAUCUGAAACUACAAUGUGUGCAGAGAGAGCAACAGUAUAACGAGCAGAGCUGUCUGCAGCAUCCCUUCGCCGCUGCACAACAGUCUCUCCUCCGGUCCAGGACCCGUCUCCAUCUCAAAUGUAGCCCGGCAGAGGCGACUGAAGCAGGCCGCUUCUCACACACACACGCAAGCGGGUAAGCUGUGCUCAGACUCGGCUGGAUGCUGGACGCGGUGCCCCUUUGCAGCUCUGUAGCGCCGGAUACCUGCAGCCCUCCCAGUUCCUGCUUUCUCUAAUUCCCCCCCAGCUGUCUUAAAAUGGACGGGGCCUUUUGGUAGAGGCUAUUCGGGGACGCUGAACCGGCUCCGUGCAUGCAGGAUUUAGCCCGGACCGGCUCGGGCUCGUCGGGGUGUAGUGCGAGCAUCCGAGGGUUUUUCCAAACGCAGCAUACAGAAGAGGAAAAACGGUUCAUAUUCAAAGAGAUGGCAGGCGGAGGAGGUGUGUCUGCUCUGGGCUCUAUGAGAAAUAAUGAGGACCCUUGCUCAGAGGAUUUCACCCAGCUCACUCACAGACUGCUGUUUUUAUUGGCCCCAUAAAUAGACUAUAUUCCAUACUAAGACGAAUCCUACAAUCAGUGUCUCUAUGGCUCUCAGAGUCAAGACACUUUAGUAUCAAUGGGAUGAGGUUGUGUGUUUUUUAGACCAAGAUGCUCAAAGCUGUAAUCAACCCAUAUUUAGCUUUUGUUAAAUUUUGCAAUUUAGGGAAUCCAUAACAAGUAUGCAACUGUAUUGUUAACUCUGGAUUUGUCUCUGUGAACAGGACCUUGUCACGCCGACUAUUUCUUUCCAAAGGAUUUCAAGACACCUGCUGCUUCUUAGAUAAACAUGUAUUCACAUCUACUGUGAGAGCAGCUUUUUAAAGGACUCCAUCGUGGAAACAAUCAAUGAGGUUUCCGCGGGGUUACACUCAUAGAUCUGCUCUGCUCAGAGUCAUUGUUUGACCUGAUGUACAUUGUCCCUAAAUGAACUUGCCUUUGGGAAUACAUGCUACUUACACACUGCAUAGCAACAGCACAGAAGCAACCAGUGACAGGAUUUGGCACAGUUUCAGCAGAGAGAUGUGGUGAUGGGGGGGAGCAGUUUCGGCUCUCUGAUCCUCUGAUCCCUUUUCCCCCCCGCUGGUGGUCGAGGACACCUCAUCUCAGUCAAUGGGCUCUGUAUGGAUUUUGUGCCUAAGUUGACAGAGGACAGGCCGACAGCGUCAAAGAGCAGCCAGGCUGCCAUGAACCCAUACGGCAGAGCGAGCAGUACAGCAGCCCCCCUGUCCUGCACCAGCUGUGGGGGCUGCUGCUCCCCGCCUCCCCCCUGCCUAAUCCCACCUGGGCCCCCCUCUACUACCUCCUCCUCUUCCUCCAUGCCCCCGAAUAUGACCCCUCCGCCGCCAAUGUGUCCAGCUCCAGUUGUCCAGGUGGAGAACGGCAGGAGUUGGAACUCCUCCACCAUCUCUUCGUCUGGCUCCCCAGACUCUCACCCUGGUCACCGCUGUGGAGCCAACAACCCCAACCCCUACUGGACGGCAGUGUUUGACUAUGAGGCCACAGCAGAUGAGGAGUUAACCCUGCGGCGUGGGGACCUCCUUGAGGUUCUCUCCAAAGACUCCAAAGUGUCCGGGGACGAGGGUUGGUGGACAGGUAAGAUCCAGGACAAGGUGGGUAUCUUUCCAAGCAACUACGUCACGAAAGGGGAUGCUGCCAGCUACCAGCAGCUGGCCGUAGGUGGACUGGUGGCAGGGGGGGUGGGUGAAUGCCCCUUGGAAGUACAUUUCUCUGAACUGCUCCUAGAGGAGGUGAUAGGAGCUGGUGGAUUUGGGAAAGUAUACAAAGGAGUGUGGCUAGGAGAGGAAGUGGCUGUAAAGGCGGCUAGGCAAGACCCUGAUGAGGAUAUCAGUGUCACAGCUGAGAGUGUGCGCCAGGAGGCCCGGCUGUUCUGGAUGCUCCGGCACCCCAACAUUAUUUCAUUGCGUGGAGUCUGUCUGAGGGAGCCCAACCUGUGCCUAGUGAUGGAGUACGCCCGAGGAGGGGCUCUGAACCGGGCCCUUGCUGGAAAGAAGGUUCCUCCGAGGGUACUGGUGAACUGGGCGGUCCAGAUUGCCACAGGGAUGGACUACCUGCACAACCAGGCAUUCGUACCAAUCAUCCACAGAGACCUGAAGUCCAGCAAUAUCCUCAUUCUGGAGCCGGUGGCUCGGGAUGACCUGAACGGGAAAACCCUGAAGAUCACAGACUUCGGUCUGGCCAGAGAGUGGCACCAGACCACCAAGAUGAGCGCAGCGGGGACGUACGCCUGGAUGGCACCGGAGGUCAUCAAGCUCUCCCUCUUCUCCAAGAGCAGCGACGUGUGGAGUUUUGGCGUGUUACUCUGGGAGCUGCUGACCGGCGAGGUUCCGUACCGGGAGAUAGAUGCACUGGCCGUAGCUUACGGUGUCGCCAUGAACAAGUUAACGCUUCCAAUCCCUUCGACCUGCCCUGAGCCUUUUGCUCAGCUGCUGGGAGAAUGCUGGAGCCCCAACCCCCACAGCAGGCCGUCGUUCACCAGCAUCCUGAGGCGGCUGCUGGCCAUCGAGCAGUCGGCCAUGUUCCAGAUGCCUCUGGAGUCGUUCCACUCCUUACAAGAAGACUGGAGGCUGGAGAUCCAGGAGAUGUUCGACGAGCUCCGAGCCAAAGAGAAGGAGCUGAGGUCCUGGGAGGAGGCGUUGGCUCGAGCGGCCGAGGAACAGAGGGAGCAGGAGGAGCAGCUGAGGAGGAGAGAGCAGGAGCUGGCUGAGAGGGAGAUUGACAUCGUGGAGCGAGAGCUGAACAUCAUCAUCCACCAGAUGUACCAGGAGAAGCCCAGCGUGAAGAAGAGGAAGGGCCACUUCAAGAAGAGCAGACUCAUGAAGCUGGGCCGAGACAGCAACUGCAUCAGCCUGCCCUCUGGCUUUGAGCAUAAGAUCACAGUGCAGGCGUCUCCCAGUGUGGACAAGAGGAAGACCCAGGGCAGCGAGAGCACCACCCCACCUGCCAGCCCAGGAGUCAUUCCCCGACUGAGAGCCAUCAGACUGACACCGAGCGAUGGCAGCAAGACGUGGGGACGCAGCGCCGUGUGCAAGAAGGAAGACCUGGCAACCAACAAGAAGAAAGGACGAACCUGGGGACCGAGCUCCACCCACCAGAGGGAGAGGGUCGGAGGGGAGGAAAAGCUGAAAUCUCUGGGAGAGGGAAGCAAGGUUUGGUCGUCCAGUGCCCCAAAUCUGGGAAAAUCCCCCAAACAUGCUCCCAUGACUGCUGGCUUCUCCAGCCUGAAUGAAAUGGAGGAGUGCAGUGAGUUCGAGGAGUCACCGGGGUCCCUGCAGCCAUCAGAGACGAGCAGUAACGGGGCUGCGGACGACUCUGGGUCUCUGUGGGGCAGCGUGGGCCCCCACACGAUGCCUGCUGUCGGGGUGUCUACUGCGAGCUCCUGUCAGGGCCCUGGAGGCCUGGGAUCGGGGGUGAGCUACCAGGACUCGCUUCGUCGCUGCAACCAGAGGAAGAAGAGCGAUGUGCUGCUGCUGGGCUGUGCCUCUCUGCUAGCGUCCGUCGCCUUCGGACAAGACCUCCUGCAGCUGGGAAAACUGCAGGUGCUUCAGGACGAGCAGGACCUCAGAGAGGAGCAGCGGAAGAAGAAGGAGGGUCUCUUUCAGCGGACGGGACGUUUCCGUCGCAGCACCUCUCCACCCAGCAGGAACCUCUCCCUCUCCCUGUCGAGACACCACGACUCCACGCUGCCCUGCAUGGACCCCUCUCCCUCAGUGACGCUCCUCUCUCUGUCCUCCCUGUCUGACUGCAACUCCACAAAGUCCCUCCUCCCCUCAGACCCGGACGAGUACUCCCUGACCCCCAUGACGGGAGUCAAAACGCCGGCGGCUCCUCCGACCCCUGCCCUCAACCCACUCUUGGACCUGCGGGCGGAAAGCUUCAAGAAGGAGCCCAACCAGUCGCUCACGCCCACCCACGUGUCUGCAGCCAUGGCCAUGAACAGAGGGCACAGACGCACCCCUUCAGACGGGGCGAUACGACCCCGGGCCCAAACCCUGGGACACCGCAGGACACCGUCAGACGGGAGCAUGCCCAUGCCUCCUCCACCGGGGGCGCCGCACAUCACAGGAAACAAAGGUGCACAGGACUCCCUGGACAUCCCUCGCCUCCCCAACCCCUCCACCAUCUUCCCAAUCCCCCAUCGGCGUAAAGCCCCCGCUCCACCCAUCCCCGUCUCAGAUCCUCUCAUCAGCCCCCUGGAGAGACCCAAGACGCUGGAGUUUGCCCCCCGGCCGCGGCCCACCCCGGCCAGGAUGAGAGCCGACCCCUGGAAGCUGGGCUCUCUCUCCCGGACCCUGAGCUCGUCCCCGGGCAGCAGCUGCGACAGCCCGCCCGGCUCCGGGGACAGCAACGCUGGCGCAGCACGGCCCAGCCUGAUGGACAUGGACAUGGAGGGCCAGAGUUUGGACCCCACCAUCCCUCUGUGUGGACAGCAGCAGCCCGCCACUCUGUGUGGACAGCAAUACUCAUAGUGAAAAAACACCACAUUUCCAAUUCUAAUGUUUUUGCAUUUAAACGUGUCCCAGGACGUUAGAGCUGGGGCUGAAUAAAGAAUGCCUUCUGAUGUCUGAGCCGAGCAAAGUGCACUCGCUGAAGUUCGCAAAAACAAACCCACUUCCUGUCAUGUUUUUAGGCACUAACUGGAAGCCAUCCCUCUCAUGUGCACAUUUAAAUUCCUGAUAAGGUGACGGCAAGCCAUCCCCUGCAGCGAUCUCUAACCUGCACGACUCUGAGAGACCACAGAGGUCUCCUCACCCACCUACACUACUUCCCUCCCUCCUCGGACGCCAUCUCUACCUGCUUCUUAGUGACCAGGUUACAUUUCCUCUGAGACUCACGACAUUCUAAAAGCCAUUCAAAUGCUUAAAGGGCCACUUGUUUGACUUUGCUAACUAUUCACUUCAAUUCAUCUGCUUGUGCUUCUGCCGCCCGUCUGUGUAGCCGCUUCACGUUCUGCUUGCAUCGACUUUUCUCUCUCCCACUCCACAAAAAUAUCCCAUCGUUAUUUCACCCAAACAUUUUGAUCUUUUCAGGAGUUUUCCCUGAGAAAAACAAGAGCUAGACUUUGUUGAACUUGCUCACAGAGAGUGUUCUUGUUCUUAUUUUGCACGCUGGUUUUUCUGCCGGUCCACAAACAUCUCCCAUAAUUCCUCACGUGUCAUCUCGUCAUCCACUUCCUUCCAAGACUAAAACAGGAAAAAGCCUUUUUUUUUUCUCAAAGCACUGGACGGGUGAUCUCCUCAGCCUUGUACAUUUAAAAACAUAGAGUUUAUUUUCUCAGUGCUUGCACCAUCCCUGCCGCAAACCUGUCGGCAGAAGUGUUUUUCUAUUGGUUUGGCAGACCAGGUGUGUGUCUCUGUGUGUGAAUGUGUGUAUAUUAAGUGUACAUGUGUGGAUGAACAAAAUGGGUUCAUAUGUGUGUACUGGUGCUUUUUUAGUGCAUGUUAUUUUACGUUUGAAUGGUCGGAGCACUUCUUCAAUAAGACCACACACAUUCUGGGCUGUUUGUCAUUUUUCCUUUUUUAAUAACCCUCCGUUCCUAACUAACAGUCAGUAGCACUCUAACUAACAUUAACUAACAAUGGACAAUGAGAAUAGAAAACACUGAGGGAAACAAAAAAACUACCUGAUUUCAACGCCAACCUCAUGUUUUAUGUGGGACUGUUUGGAAGCUUGGCCUUCUCUCCUCUGACCUGCUCUGUUCGACAUCGGUGGCACCUUUAGGAGCCGUGAUGCGCAGCUAGUUCGUUUCUGUGGACCAGUGGCUCUCGCCGCCGCCGACAAAUCAACCUUUAUCUCCGGAGUCAUUUUUCGUACAGUGGACAGUGCGUCUUUUGGCGGCAGAUGGUAUUUUACUUGACUGUGCAAGUUUCUCUCAGUGUGUGUGUGAGCGUGAACAUGAGUGUGUGUUAUUGUUUGUAUGGGAUCCUGACAAUCCCAUUUGUUCGAAGCGUGAGCCCCCAAACUCCUUCUUCGCGUGUGGUUAAGAACACUGAGUAUUUAUUAUUAAAUUUAUUGUUAUUAUCGGUAAAGGAUUAAUUAUUAUUAUUAUUACUACAAUGCUCUUCCUGGGGUGUCUGUAUAUAUUUGCUAACAUAACCAAGGAGAACCUGGGAAACUGCUCACUGAAACGUC